CAAAAAAGAUUCAGUGAUCAAUGAAGAACAAUGAUAAAAACUUUAAGGAUCUUGUAGAAGUUUGACUCUAAACAGACAACAGAACUUUGUGAUUAUUGUGUUUGUUUUAUUUUUUCUUAAAGUUUCAAUUGCUGGAGCUCAAACAGUGAAAAUGGAUUCACUAACUGUAGAGGAACUUUCUUGCCCUGUGUGUCUUGAAAUCUUUAAGGAUCCUCUUCAAUUAUCAUGCAAUCACAAUGUCUGUAAAGAGUGUCUGCAACAGCUGUGGAGAACCAAGGAAACUCGGGAGUGUCCUGUCUGCGGGGGAACAUCCUCAAAAAAUCCUUCCUGUAAUCUUGUGUUAAAAAACUUGUGCAAGUCAUUCCUGAAGGAGAGAAAUAAGAGGUGUUUAGCAGGAUCUGAAGAGAUCUGCAGUUUACAUGGUAAGAAACUCAAACUCGUCUGUCUGGAGGACAAACAGCCUGUGUGUUCAGUGUGCAGAAAUACACAGAAAUAUGCCAAUCAAACGUUCAGACCCAUCAGUGAAGUUGUUCCAUCAUGUAAGGAGGAGCUCAAUGCAGCACUGAAGUCCUUACAAGAGAAACUUAAACAGAAAGAAAACCUUAAAAGAGAGUUUGAGAAAACAGUUCAACAUAUCAGGUCUCAAGCGGAAUACACAGAGCAUCAGAUUAAAGAGCAGUUUAAGAAGCUUCGUCAGUUUCUUAGAGAUGAAGAAACAUCUACAAUUAUUGCACUGAGGGAGGAAGAGGACCAGAAGAAGCAGAACAUGAAAGAAAAGCUGGAUGACAUGAACAGACAAAUCUCAGCUCUUUCACACACUAUCAGAGAUUUGGAGGAGACAAUGAAGACUAAUGACGUCUGCUUUCUAAAGAAGUUUCCAGUCACGAUGGAAAGAGUCCAGAUCUCACAGCCAGAUCCACAGAUGCCUUCUGGAGUUUUAAUUGAUCUGCCCCGUUACUUGGGCAACCUGCCAUACAGAGUCUGGAAGAAAAUGCUGAACUCUGUCCAAAAGACUCCAGUGACUCUGGAUCCAAACACGGCUCAUCCACAUCUCAUCCUGUCUAAUGAUCUGACGCGUGUCAGAUACAUUUGGGACGAACAACAGCUCCCUGAUAAUCAAGAGAGAUUUGAUAUCUGUGAGUGUGUUCUGGGUUCAGAGGGUUUUAACUCAGGAAUGCACUUCUGGGAAGUGGAGGUUGAAGAGAGUGAAUGCUGGAGUCUUGGAGUAACUACAGCAUUAAACCAAAGGAAAGGACGUGAUUUCUGUAACUCGAAUGUCUGGUGUGUGCAGUAUGAUCCAUACAAACUGCUUGGGCCUGGUUUUCCUGUUAAACAGGAGCUUAAGUGUGUGAGAGUUGAUCUGGACUAUGACAGAGGAACAGUAUCAUUCUCUGAUCCUGUAACUUACACACAUAUACACACAUUCACAACCACCUUCCCUGACGUCAUCUUUCCAUUUUUCUGUAAUCUUGAUGAAGUUAAGUGUCUGAGGAUUUUACCAGUUAAACUGUAAAAACAAUCACUGAAU